CGAAGGUGAUGACGGAGAGAAGGAGAAUCAGAGUUUACUUUUUUUACUGAAGGUUGUUUAGUUUAGCGGUUUAUCGAGUUAACGAUGCUACAUUUAAUAAGUUUAGCUGGUGCGGGAAUUUAUUAUUUAAUAAAGAAGCGAAGAGAUGGAGAGAAAACAGCGGAGCUCACGGACACACCGGGCCCCGAGGACCCAGUACAGACGGGCUCUUUGCUGGAUCCAGGCUUGAAGUGUGGGGAUGAAACACAGACGGACAGCGCUGUUCCUCAGGGGUCUGUGAGCGAGGCUGAGGAGAAGAGUCAGAAGAGGGAGGUGUCCGGUUCUCUGCUGGACAGUGAGAGGUCCAUCCUGGAGGAGCGAGUGAGGGUGCUGGAGGAAGUGCUGUGUGAGGCAGAGCGAGAGAGUGAGAGAAAACACAAGGAGUGUGAGAGAGACAAGGAGCAUCACAGUGUCCUGAAGUGUGAUCAGAUGACUUCAACACGCCUCUUGGAGUUAGUACAGGCUGAAGCUGAGGGGAAACUUGAGUACACUGCUCAGCUGGAAAAUGAGAUCUCUGACCUGAAGUCCCAGGUGAACACACUGCAAGACACAGUGCAGGAGCGGAGCAGACUGCUCUCUGAGACACGCAGGAAGUGUGAAAAGGCAGAAGAGAAGCGUAAGGCAGCGGAGGACAUCCUUGAGUUAAUGGAGACCAGGAUCAAAAAAAAUAAGAGAUUUUUAAUUUGGAAAAGAAAAUCCAUUCAGGAAUCUCUGGAUGAACUUCAAAAAACAUAUUACGAGGAACGCAUGACAGUGAUGAAUCUGAAAGCUUUUAAAUCUCGGUGGAGGACUAGAAUUCAAGCAGUACAGCAAGAAGUGGGAGAGUUGUCAGACAGACUCUCUGAGAUACAGGGGACGUUAGAACAGACAACACAGGAGUUAGAGCAAAAAACUCGCCAGCUUGCGCAGAGAGACUCCGACUGGAAACGUCUUGAGGAAACUGUGAUGAAGGAUCAUGAGGUUGAGUAUCUCGCUCACAGAGACCUGAAGGUGCAGUACAGUGAGAUGAAGCAACAACACGACAAGUUAGAAGAGGAUAAUCAGCGGUUGAGGGAGGCUUACAGCACCCUGGAGGCACAGUAUGAAGAAUUAAAACAACGCCAUGGGUCACAAAUGGUGAACAGACAGCAAAGCUCAGUGCAGCAGGCGGAGGAAAAGCUCACCGCAAUACAGAGGAAGUGUGAUGAGAUAAAGAGGGAGAGGAAGAGAGAGCGGGAGGAUUACAAUCUCCUGAAGGCGCGGUACCAACAGAUGGAGGAAACUUUACAAGAGUGUCAAGAGUUACUAAAGGUCCACUGCACAGAUCCUGGAUCCAAAGGCACUACGGAUCCCUGAAGCACAAGUGACUGUCGAGGGCCGUGUUUAACACCUGGAUAAACAAAGUCAUAUGAUGACAGUGUAAUAGUACUUACUAUACAGGUACAUCUCAAAAAAUUAGAAUACCAUGAA